GAGUAACGUUAGUCCUGAAGAAUCACGGUGACGUAUAUUAUGAGACCACAUUUCUAUAUGUUAUACGGAUCCAUUGUGGGGUACUGCAAACAGAAGACACCAUCUUCUUAAAACAAAAUUUUUUGAAUGUACUUGUGAUCGAUGCAAGGAUCCCACAGAAUUUGGAACAAUGUUUAAUGCUUUAAAGUGCAAUCGAAUGAAUUGUCCAGGAUACAUGUUACCAAAAACUUUUUUUGAACAGGAACAGGAUUAUAUAUGCAAAAUUUGUGAAUCAAUUGUUCCUUAUGCGGAAAUUGAAAAAAUAUUAGAAAAUAUUGGUAUAUACCUUUCAACCAUGAAGAAAAAUGACAUUAUUGCAUGUAAAGAAUUUAUAAAUCGUCGUUACGAAAGUACUCUCCACCCAAAUCAUUUUUACAACAUUGAUGUAACGAUUGCUCUGGCUCAAUUGAUUGGACAACAAACUGGAGGAUUAGCAGCAGUAGAAAAAGAUCUUCUCAUCGAGAAAAUAGAAUUAUGCAAAAAACUGGAUAAAUUGCUCAAGACACUCGUUCCUGGUAAUGUAUUUUAUUUAAGAAAUGAUAACUAA